AUGCCUAUUCCCCUGAUUGCUCAGGGCUUCCAGGAGGGCAUCUCCUCUAUUCCUUAUGCGUGGACGGUUUUGAAGAUCGUGCCAUGGGUGCUGUUGGUUGCUGCUUUGAAGUAUUAUUUCGGGGGUGCCCGAAAUGGAUCGGAGCGGUUGAUGCACUCUAAGGUUGUGAUGGUUACGGGUGGAACAUCAGGGAUAGGAGCCAGCGUCGUCUACGAACUUGCCUCGCGCGGUGCCCAGAUCAUCCUCCUCACACAGCAUGCUCCCUCAGACGUCUUCCUGGUUGAUUACAUCGAGGAUCUCCGAAAAUCAACGAAGAAUCAACUCAUCUACGCUGAACAGGUGGAUUUGUCCUCCCUACACUCAAUCCGCACGUUCGCGACGAAAUGGAUCGAUAAUGUCCCCCCACGCCGACUGGACAUGAUCAUCCUGUGUGGAAACACGGCGGCACCUUCAUCCGCCAGCCGAAAACUGACCGUAGAUGCAAUCGACGAAGAAUGGCAGGUCAACUACCUCGCCAAUUUCCACCUGUUGAGCAUCCUCAGUCCGGCGCUGCGGGCCCAGCCACCCCACCGUGACGUGCGGGUGAUUUUCACGACAUGUUCGAGCUACAUUGGUGCCAAAAUCGACCCUAAGCAGAUAGAGGCAGCUUGUACACCCGACACCAAAGAGCCACGGGGAACGAAAAAUGGCAAGAAUGUAAAAAAGGCAGGGUCUGGGUCGAAGAAAUCCAAACCCAGCCUUUUCGGAGCGAGCAAGCUUGCGUUGAUGUCUUUCGCCCAGUCCUUUCAGAAACAUUUGAAUGCUUAUGAGCGUCCCGAUAAGAUGCCCCCGUGUACGCGUGUAAUUGUUGUUGACCCUGGCUUUAGCCGCACUCCGGGUACCCGUCGCUGGUUGACGGGUGGGUCGCUUUGGGGACUGCUUCUUUAUCUCAUCACCUGGCCUCUAUGGUGGUUGGUCCUGAAGUCACCGCAGCAGGGUGCCCAGAGUAUUCUUUAUGCUGCCAUGGAGGCCAGAUACGGCCGUGGCACCGGUGGCUGGAUGGUCAAAGAGUGUCAGGAGGUGGAUUUCGCUCGCAAAGAUAUCAAGGAUGAAGAGGCUGGGAAACUGCUGUGGCAAUUCAGCGAAGCACAAAUUGAGCUCAAGGAGAAGGAAAGUGCCGUGAGAAGGGCACUGGCCAACAAGGAGCAGCAGGAGAAGGAAAACCAGAAAAACAAUGGUUCUUCCAGUUCUAAGCCUGCAGCGAAAGAGCCGACCCCAGGGUCGCGAAGGAGCCGGAAAGCUAACAAAUAG